GCUGAUAUUCCGUGAAACGGAAAACGAUUAUCAGGAACUGAUUUCGGGCUCGAAAUCGGGAAGGGUGGAUGUAAUUGGCGCUUUUUCCCAUUUUGGCCUCGGAGCCCUAAAAAUAGCACGCGUUAUUAUCGGCAGAUUUAUAAAUCCCCAUAAAAAAACAGACUCAACAGAUAGCACAAAACUGAUGAAUUAAAUAUGAUGUAAAAAGGAAGUUGGUAGCACUGAUAAUACUUCAUUUUACAUUGUCGCUAUCUCGUACUCGCAUGCGUUCUUCUUUCUUUACUCCACUUCACUUCAUUUUGGGCGGCCAUAUUGCUCUGUUGCUGUGCGUGUGUCUGAUUAUCACUCGGGCUCUUAGCUUUUUCAGUUUUUCGUGUAUUGAAUUGAGUGAUCGUCCAGAGCAAUGGGCGACCGCAAUAACCCCAUCAAGUUUGGACCGGAGUGGCUGCGCAAUUUGGCAAGAGAACGUAAUGCCAGCAUUCAGGGCUCCAACAGUCAAAACGCACUGCUGGCCUCGGGGAACGGCGCCACUCCUGGGGCAGGCAGCGGUGCACCAGCCCAGGCUACCUCACCAGUCCCGGGAAAUCCACUUUGCGCAGCAAAUACCACGCAAAAAAUACAUCUUGCAAAACUUCGGUAUGGCAGAGAAGAAAUGCUUGCACUUUAUGACAGGACUGUUGAAGCACCUUCAGAGUUAAAAUCUAUAGACCAGCUUUAUCAACCACGAGGCAAACCGCCAUUUGCGCUACACAAUACUUUUGAAGAGGAAAUGCGGGAGAAUCUACGAAGCGGUCCGCCUUUAGGUGCACUGACGCCUGAUAAGUUUGGCCGAGGAAUCGGCAGAGGUCUAACUGCCACGGACAACCGCGGUAGACCACGGAUGCCGUUUGUCCGACAGCCGUCACUGGGAAGAGGAACCGCAUUCCAUCAAAGGAUACCAGGAUAUGUGACUGGUACUGAUGAAGAUGCUCCACCUCUGCCUCGAUCCUGGAGCAACAGUAACGGGGGACCUUCCACUAACAGAACUGUUAGUGAACAAUCGGAAUGGACACCAAAUAAAACUUUCCGAAGCAAGAGGCCGACUAAUAACACGAAUUGGAGGACACCACAAACCCGCGAGGAAGGCGAGGAAUGGCGUUUAUCAGAUCCUGGCAGGCCUCGCACUAGCCAACAAGACAAGUGGGAGCGAGAUUGGGGUGACAGGCCUAAUCAGGACAAAUCACCAUUAUGGAACCAUAACCGGAGGACAUGGGGCGGGGAGGCACAAAACGAGGAAAUUUUACCAGAAUGGGCAAUGGACAACGCAGAGGCAUGCGCAGGCACGUUCGAUGCGUCGGGAGCUUUCCAUGGCUAUAGUAACGAUGACACCAACUUGCCGAGGAACCAGGAAGCUUCGUAUUCUCUGACGAGAUCACACACUCACGGCAGCUUUGCUAGAUUAAAAUCUGUAGAAGACGGUUCCGAGGAAUGGUGGGCUUCGGCAAAAGCAAAGAAACUGUCCCCGAAAAAGUUUGAUGCCAGUGAAAUUAAAUUCAAAAAGCAAGUAAGUGUAACAGCGACAGAAGAUAGUGGCAACACCAGUUCAAGCUCAAAACAAAGCAGUACUAGUAAAGAGGAAAGUAACAUGGCUCAAGAUGCACAGGAAAACCAAGUGACCUCACCAGAUUCGUCUGAUAGUGGCCAGACCGAAAACAAUUAUUCUAAAAGUAAUGCCUACAGACCGAAGUUUUCAGAAAACAAAACUUUUGAUGCUCUUAUGAGGUCUGAUAUAAAUAUGGACGAAGCCAGUGACGAGGGAGGGAACUUCCAGUCGGUGACUAUCAAACCUAAUAAUAGUUUGCGGCAGAAACAUCAAAAUAUUGUGGCAUCAGUAGCAGAUAACCCAACUCAUCAAGGUCGGAAAGCUGGGAUGCUCGCAGGAAUGCAAGACGUAAAAGCCGGUCAAAUACCUGAUAAGGAACACUCAAAAUUUGCCGCAAAUUCGCCCGAGGAUGCUCUUGUUGAUGACAUUUUUGAAAUUACAUUGGAAGAUAAAGAUCUUCUUACAAAACUAAAUGUAUUGAAUACGGGAAUGUCCGGCAAGGUAUCUAUGGGCAACUCGGCGACUCCGGUGUCUAACCCCGCUAUGCAAAACCGAGCCGUAAGUCCCAGUCCCCAAAAACAAGGCAGUGUGUUGCAUAAACCUAACCUAUCUAUGGCAGGAAUACCCGCGAUGCAUUCAAAUACAUUGCAUACAUUAGGAAUGCAGAGUCCUGCAACUAAAGCACCAGGCUUGCAGUCUCCGGGAAUUCACCCACACGGGCUGCUGACAUCCACUGUGCACCCCGGAAUCCAGGCCCACGGACUGCCAUCUCCUGGUGCACAGUCAACUGUAAUACAGACGCCUUCCAUACAAAACUCAGGUUUACAAACAUUAGGGCUGCAGACAUCUGGGCAAAAGAAUGCGGGCAUGCAGUCACCGGGAAUGCAGAAUUCCACCUUACAGACACUUGGAUUGCAAACGUCAGGCCCAAAGAAUCCAGGAAUGCCUUCCCCUGGAAUGCAGACUCAAGGACUUCAGACACCCGGUAUGCCAUCACACGCGCUGCAAUUGCCUGGCAUGCAAGCUCCGGGCAUUAGUAUGCAGUCAUUAGGAAUGCAAUCAACUGCUUUGCAGCCUGGUGGAAUACAAAAUACGGGCAACCAAACAUCUUCAAUGCAUAACAUAGGAAUUUCCAAUACUGCUCUCAAUUCUGCUAUGAGACUACAGGGUCCCCGAUUGUUAGAGCAAGGGCCAGCGAAUAAUUCUAUGGGUAUCCCUCAUCAACGAAUGUCACCACCGCCGUUACUUCUUAAUCCUACCAUGGCCAACUCUGCCUUGAGUACAACCGGUAUGCAUCAAGGUUCUACAGGGCUGACAGGGUUUCAAAAUUCAUCUGCUAUUCAAGGGAUGCCGAAUACUAGUAGUUCUCUCUUUGGACUUGGACAAAAUCCAAAUAAUGCUCAGAUGCCACCGUCUUCUGAUAUACAAAUGCCAAACCACGCGCAAAACAACAUGUUCCCUAUUCAUGGACUAGCUCAUUCAGGGUCUCAGGCGCAAUUUAAUUCUUUAUAUGGCAAUAUGAAUAUGAUGCGGCAAUCACCUCCACACAAUACUCCAAAUUCCCAGAGUUUAGCUGAUCAUUGGUAUUACGAAGAUCCUAAGAAAACUGUACAAGGACCUUUUUCUUCCAAAGACAUGUACAAUUGGUACAGGGCAGGAUUCUUUACCCCUAGCUUGAUGGUGAGGCGCGCAUGUGAUACGCAUAUGCGUCCCUUAGGUUCUUAUGGCUCUGUGGUACCUUUUACCCCGGUGGACAUGGCUUCUUACUCAAUGAGCAGUGGCUUCGGAAUGCGCAACCAGGCGCCACACGAUUCUAUGAUCAGCUCUCAGCCCGCUCUAGGAUUAGAUGUUAUAUCAAACGUGAAUAUGGGAGAUAACUCGAUGGAUAAUCUUCAAUUUGGCACUGUCAGUCUAGUUAGGAACCAACCUUUCGGCCAACAGCAAAUGGUUGAUUCCUUGUGGGGGCAAACAUCGUCAUCUCCGGAUCUCAUGUGGAUGCAACAGACCAUGAAUGCCCGAAGUGACAUGCGAGUUAAUCUGCCAUUGUUUUUUUGGGAUCAGCAGACUUCAGUCACGUCUAAUUCCAUGUUACCCGAGGAAAUUGUAAAAGAAAUGAAAACAGAAGACCAAAUUUUAGCCCAGUUAAGAGCAUCCCAAAGCUCAGGGGCAAUGCCCAACAUGCCGUUUUUGAGCGAACAAAGCAACGCUCCCGUAGCAACUUCAGCCAAGCCGGAAGAAGAUCCCGCAGUAAUGAGCGCAACGCCUAACCUGGAGGAGUUGCACAAAUUAAUGCAAAAAGAUGCAUUACUGGCUAAGACAGAUAUCCCAGAAAAAAAACCGGACAUCAAAGAAGUUCAGAAUAAAUCUGACAAAGCAAAUAAAUUGGAGCACCCACUGGAAUCUGUAAAAUCUAACGAAACUAUGCAGAAUAAACAACAGGAGCCCAAGCAGACGAAGAUAAACAAAGUUGAAAUUGAAAAAGCUACUAAGAACAAAGAGAACAAAACAAAAGCCAAGAAAGUUAAGGAAGAAAAGAAGGACGACGGAGCUGAAACCGCAAAAGAAGAAGAUUCAAAUAAAGUAGAGAGGAAGUCUGAAGACUCGUCACCUUCAAAGAGCAAAAAAGAAGAAAAAGUUAACAAAAAAGAGCUUGAAAAAGAGAAAAAGGAGUGGAUCAAGGAAGGCUUCACCAUUGUGAAAGGUCCCGAAAAGCCCCCGAAAGACAAGAAGAAGGUUGAAGAAAUCAAAUUAAUAGAAGAGGCCGAGAGAAAGAGGAAAGAAGAGGAAAAGCUCGCAGCUGAAGAAGAAAAGAAAAAGCAAGCAGAGGCACUCAAGAAGCAACAGGAACUGAAGCAGCAGCAACGAGAGGCGAGCGAGACUAUAAUAAAGAAGGCCCCGUGGUCAGCGGCUGCGAAUAUAGCCCAACAGGCGCCGAUCAAAGAUGGGCUGAGCCUAGCGGAAAUCCAGCGGCUCGAACGGGAAAAGAAGCUGGAGCAGAUGAAAGAACAACAGCAGAUGAUGCAAGCCAUUGCGCAACAGCAGGCCGCAGCCCUGGCGCGCGAACAGGAAAUGCAAGCUAAUUUGGGUUGGGCGAAAAAGAAACCUAAUCCGGUCGGAGCGGGAUUGUCUCUGGCCGAAAUACAGGCGGAAGCUCGCAAGCAAUCAGCAGCGGCGGCCGCGGCGGCGGAGGCGGCGGCGCAGGCGGCUGCGCAAGUGCUGGAGGACGCAGCUGGCCCGGCGCAAACCAACCACGUGCCAUGGGGCAGCAACACUCACAACGGAGGUGGUUUCUGGGACUCUCCCACCACAGCUCAACCUCCAAAACCUGUCGAAAGGCCUCAGGAAUCGCAACGGGUCGUGGAACAAAACGUCAAAAAUAAGAAAAAGAAUACUCUUAACAUACCUUCGAAAAAAGAAGCCUCUCCCGGCGCCGAGUUCGACACAUGGUGUAACACCGUGCUUGCUUCUUGGAGCGCCAAAAUCGAUGUGCCUACGUUCGUUGGUUUCCUCAAGGACAUUGAAUCGCCGUAUGAAGUCAAAGACUAUGUAAAAUGCUACCUGGGCGAAACCAAAGAAUCCAGCGACUUCGCCCGCCAGUUUCUCGAAAAGAGGUCCAAGUUGCUCCGCGUCGGCAUGGUCACGCCAUCCGACGACCUCUGCUCGCCCGCCGUAGCCGUCAACCCGCGCACUACGUCGGGCUCCGACUAUCAGGAAGUAAAGGGCAAAGGCAAAAAGACAAAGAAGAAUAAAAUGCUUAAAGUGGAUGCCCGCAUUUUGGGCUUCUCAGUGACUGCAGCCGAGGACCGGAUCAAUGUCGGCGACAUCGAUACGGUGUGAGCGACGCAGGUUACGUACUAGUGUUCAAUAUAACUCGCCUUGUGAUAAACCCGCCGGUUAUUGUGUAAAACACGCGUCAGUUCGCGAUCUUACGAUAACAAUCUAAUUUAAUACAAGUUGGCGAACAACGUUUGACAAAUCGUUUGUCGCUGCUUGUUCGUAUAGUUCAAGAGUUACAAAUAUGGUAUGUUAUGUUAUGACUUGUGCUUUAUGCCAGAAACCUGAUAUUUCAAUUGAACAUUAUAGGCUAGUAAGACGAACAGGGAGUGGUAUGUCAGGGCUAAUCUUAUUUGACAGUGACAACGCAAGUCCAGUUUCGAUAAAAUUCGUUUGUUGGUAACUUAUAAGAAGGAAGCCAAGUUUGCCAUUAAUUACUGAAAGACUUGUUAAGACACUGUUUAAAAUGUAACUAAUAUGUGUUUUGGCUAUGUGACUUUAUACAUGAUUGACACCCACCACAAGGAAGCAUAUGCGAUACAAAUGUGCUCUGAGUUGCAUUUAUGUGGGAAUAUUUUUGAUGCGCAAAACUUUAAAAUAUUGUUUUACAGCUGCUUUCGUGACUGCUUCGUGUUACACUUUAAUUUUCCUACUCCUCUACUGUUAUCUGUCAUUUAUGCAUUCAUUAACACGAAUAUAAGAACAUACAUAAAAGAUUUCAAGAAAAGUCUAUAUUGUCUAUUCCUCAUAAAAGCUCUUGUGCUUUUAUAAGCUAUAACGUUACUGCGAUUAAUGGCUACCAACCUAACAAAACCAAAACGAAUACAGUUUUAAACUAAGUGCAUUGCUGCCAACUUACAAAAUAUUCAUUUGGUUGCAUAGUAAAAAUAAUUACUUUAUAAGUCAGAAACACG